GAAAAGCAACAAAAUUUUGUUGUUAACAAUUUAUUUGUUGAUUCUUCUAGUCCCCAACCUUAUUAUUCCUCUUCUGCAGCUUGUUCACCACUUUCUAGGCCUGAUGGUUCUCUUUCUCCUAUGGCCUUAAAUUUGGAGGGAAUGAAUAAUUCUGUGCCGCAAAUGAAUAGGAGAAAAGAAAAUGCCAAACUUUAUUGCCCAACCCCCGGAUGUGACGGUUCUGGUCAUCAAACAGGUCUCUACACCCAUCACCGUUCAUUGAGUGGCUGCCCUCGAAGGCCAGACAAACAAACAAUACAUCUUUUGGCCCUCCAACCAGACCAACAACUUCGUUGCACAUAUCCCGGUUGUGAUGGAAGAGGACAUGUUAAUUCUUCUCGCAAUUCCCACCGUUCUCUAAGUGGUUGUCCAGUAGCUUAUGCAGAUAAAAUAAAUAAAAGACAACAACAAAAAUCUUUAAAAGGAACACCAGAAAGGGGUUCUUCCAGUGAACCUUCAACAAGUUUAGUGAACAAUAAAAGUGGAAGAAAGCAUUCUUUUUCGUUAAUUAAAAAUAAAGAAGGAGGAGAAAAUUGUGAAAAAGAAGAUAAUAUUAAACAACAACAACCUGUUGAUCUUUCUUUUAAUUUACAACAAAGAAAACUUCAAAUUAAUGAACAAAUUGGGUAA